AUGGAAAAGCGUGUUUACGAAGUUUGGAAAGGAAGUAAUAAGUUUUUCCUUGGUGGAAGGCUAAUAUUCGGUCCAGAUGCUAGAUCUUUGCCUGUUACCUUAUUGCUUAUCAGUGUUCCUUCUAUAAUCUUUUGCAUAUUUGUUGCAAGGCAUCUUCGACAUAGAUUUUCUCCAUACAAUGCAGGAUAUGGAAUUAUGGUGGUAGCAGUUGUCUUUACUAUCUAUGUGUUGAUUAUUCUUUUCCUCACAUCAGCCCGGGACCCAGGAAUCAUUCCUCGCAAUUCACGUCCCCCAGAGGAGGAGCCUCACCAUGAUUCUUCUGUUCCAGCUCAGGCUCGGAAUCGGCAUACACCUGGCCGUCAGUUCCCUCGAACUAAAGAAGUUAUGGUUAAUGGAAUGCAGGUGCGGGUGAAGUAUUGUAGCACAUGCAUGCUUUAUCGACCUCCUCGUUGCUCCCACUGUUCCAUUUGCAACAAUUGUGUUGAGAGAUUUGAUCACCAUUGCCCUUGGGUAGGGCAAUGCAUCGGACUGCGCAAUUAUCGGUUCUUCUUUAUGUUCGUUUCUUCAACAACUCUUCUCUGCAUCUAUGUGUUCUCCAUGUCAGCAUUGUACAUUAAGGUUCUGAUGGAUGAUAACCACAGAACAGUUUGGGAAGCAAUGAAAGAAUCUCCUCCAUCUGUCGUACUAAUGGCGUAUUGUUUCAUUGCUCUAUGGUUUGUUGGUGGGCUCACAGGGUUUCACUUGUACCUCAUCGGAACAAACCAGACUACCUAUGAAAAUUUUCGACAUAGGGCUGACAACAGAAUCAACAUUUUCGAUCGAGGUUGUCCGAGUAAUUUUGAUGAAAUAUUUUGCACAAAGCUAAACCCCUCAAAGAAUAAUUUCCGGGCUUUAGUUCAAGAGGAGGUACCCAGGCCUACUGAGGAAGCGAAAGCAGAAGAUGUAGGUGGAGAUACACAUCCGAAAAUCGAGGUAGAUCUAGAGAACCGCCAAAAUCUAUUGAAGAUAUCCGAGCAGCAUAAUAUAGAGGACGGUAUAGACCUAUCGAAGAUCUCCCGACGACAAAAUGACGAGGAAAAUGAUAGUAGAGAGAGUAAUGAUCCUCUUCGUAGUACCUUGGAGGCUGAUUCUAUUAUGGAUAUAAAUCAUCGAGCUUCUCUGACUAUGACUAUGAUUCGAUCAGACCCCGAACCCUCGAGUUACGGUAACAGUAGUUCAGAAAUCGCAGCUGAUUCCCAUACCAAUUCUACAGUUACAAUAAAAGAAGCUGGCCGUUUAUUUGAGUAAUUUGUACAGUAGCCAUUGCAUUCUUUUGAUUAGAGUUUUUACCGUAUGAAGGGGAUAUUUCUUUGAUUUACGAAUGAGAAAGUUUCGAUUGGGGAGGGAAAUUUACUCCCUUUCAGGCAUAAAAAUACAUGCAUAAAAAAUAAUGUAUUACCAUCGAACACGAUGGCAAUCAAAACAACGAAAAGGACAAUUGUCCACAAGAAAUGUACCAAUAAAUAGAUUCAGAGGGAAAAGAAUCCACUUGGUCAGAUGAUUGAUUUUUAGAUUUAAUCCGCUGGUCUAAUUAAGGCAUUCAACUUGACCAGAUGAUUCUCUAAAUAUUUAUAAAUAUAUUGAAAAAGCUUUUUAAAAAAAUUUACAUCUUCAUUCGUGCCAUCGUACACCUCAAGCAGGAAGCACCAUCUGAACCAUUUAAACUCCAAGGGAUACCCACAAGGUUAUUACUAUUUAUUUUUCUUAAAAUACAUUUAGAUAUAACCAUAAAAUUUAAUCUUCCAAAUAUAUCGAACA